UCCUCUCUCUCACGACGACCUGCUCUGCAAAAAACAUAGCUUUGCUUUCUCUCUCUACUCUCUCUCCUCUUUCUCUCUCUAAUCACGUAUUGGAUCCGAGUUCUCAAUGUAAAAACUCUCCCGCGCUGUAUGGAUCAUCAAACUGUCCGAUCUCUUCGAAUUUCAUCCAUUUCUUUGAAGUAUCUUUCUUCACUCUACUCAUAGUUUGAUUCUUUUUCUCUGUAUCUAUCUAUACAAGUGAUUAACCGACUGAUUCCGGUAAGGAUCGUUAGGGCAUUUUCAUUUCAGAUGGGAAUGCCCGAACGAUGAGCCGAACCGUUGACGAAGAAGAAGAGGACGAGCGUUUUUACGAGUCGCUUGAUAGAUUAUUAUCGUCGGCCUCUUCUCGGACUUGUUCGUCUUCUUCCGGAGAAGAAGAAGAAGACGACGACGAAGAAGAAAGAGAUCCGAAUUCGGAUUCUCUCAAUUAUGCUCUUGAACAACCGGUUACUGUCCCUAGGUUUCCAAUGGGAGUGUAUAAUAACUACGAUGUCUGGAUCUCUGAACCAUCUUCUAUCGAGGAACGACGUCUGCGACUUUUCAGACAGAUGGGACUCAUACGUGACCCUCGUCGGAAAAGCAUUCUAUCUUCUUCUUCUACUACUACUACUACUACACUUGAUGAAGAAGAGUUCGGUAGAUCGGCAUCGUAUGAUCAAUGUGUUGUUGAAGCCUCUUGUAGUAACUCUGACGUUCUGAUUCUUCGAUCCAAGUCAGACGGUAGCACAGACAGUCUUCCUGAAAUUCUUUCAAUUAAUUCACCUUUACUACUACCGUCUACUGGAAUUCCUGUAAAUAAUCAUAUUGUGAAGACUCGAAAUGGAAAUGGAAAUGGAAAUGAGUCGACUAUUACCAGUGCCGCUUCACCUAAUAAGCCUCCUACGGGAAAGAAUAGCAGGAAGAUUGAAGAUAUUAGAAAUGAAUCUAACUGUCUUGAAAUCAGCUGCGAUGGGGAGAUGGAUAUUGAAGACAGUUGCGGUACUGUAUGCACAACAAUUAAGGAUCUAGACAAUGGGAAGCAGUUCGUAGUGAAUGAAAUAAGAGAGGAUGGUAUGUGGAAUAAGCUUAAGGAAGUCGGUACUGGAAGACAGUUAACAAUGGAGGAAUUCGAGAUGUGUGUAGGUCAUUCACCUAUUGUUCAAGAACUGAUGAGGAGGGAAAUUGUGGAAGAGGGUAAUACAGAUCUUGUUAACCAUAUCAUGAAUGGAAACCUAGCAAGUGGAUCGAAGUUAAAGAAGAAAGGGAGUUGGUUGAAGAGUAUAAAGCAGGUAGCAAGUACUAUGACGGGUUAUAAGGAAAGGCGAAGUAGCGACGAAAGGGAUACGUCGUCUGAGAAAGGAGGGAGGAGGUCGAGUUCUGCGACAGAUGAUAGUCAGGAUGUAUCGUUUAGAGGUCCUGAAAGAGUUCGUGUUCGACAGUAUGGGAAAACUUACAAAGAGCUCAGUUCGCUGUACAAAAGCCAGGAGAUACAGGCUCAUAGCGGUUCAAUUUGGACGAUUAAAUUCAGCUUGGAUGGUAAGUAUCUUGCAAGUGCUGGUGAGGAUUGUGUGAUUCACAUUUGGCAGGUUGUGGAAUCAGAGAGGAAAAGAGAUAUGUUUGUGGAAAGACAAGAAGAUGGGGGUUUGAACCUUUUGGUUGGGUCGCCAGAGCCAGGUUUACUGUCUCCGAAACUAGAUGGAAGUGCGGAGAAGAAGAGGAAAGGAAGGUCGUCGUUUAGCAGGAAGUCUGUAAACUUCGAACCUGUUAUGGUUCCAGAGACUAUCUUUGCACUCUCUGAGAAACCUUUUUGUUCAUUGCAAGGACAUCUUGAUGAUGUUCUGGAUCUAUCAUGGUCAAAAUCUCAGCAUUUGCUUUCAUCAUCAAUGGACAAAACUGUGCGGCUCUGGGAUAUGUCCAACAAGUCAUGCCUGAAAAUCUUUGAGCAUAAUGAUUUUGUUACGUGUAUCCAGUUUAACCCCAUGGACGAUAAAUUCUUCAUCAGUGGAUCUUUGGAUGCGAAAGUUCGCAUAUGGAGUAUACCUGAUCAUCAAGUUGUUGAUUGGAGUGAUCUUCAUGAAAUGGUCACUGCUGCUUGCUAUGCUCCAGAUGGUCAGGUUGCAUUGGUUGGUUCUCAUAAAGGAAGCUGCCUCCUUUACGACACAUCAGAAAAUAAGUUGCAAGAAAAGGGCAAAGUUAAUCUGCAAAACAGGAAAAAGAAGUCUCACUGCAAGAAAAUAACAGGUUUUCAGUUUGCACCAGGAAGUUCAUCACAAGUGCUUGUGACAUCUGCUGAUUCACGAAUCCGCUUCGUUGAUGGUGUUGAUCUAGUUCACAAGUUCAAAGGCUUCAGAAACACUAACAGCCAAAUACUGGCAUGCUUUUCCUCAAACGGUAGACACAUAGUAUGCGCAAGCGAGGACUCCCACGUAUAUAUUUGGAAACACGAAAACGAAACUCGACCAACAAGAGCCAAAGGAGUAACGAGAACCCAAUCUUACGAACACUUCCACUGUCAAGACGUAACCGUUGCCAUUCCAUGGCCAGGCUCUUCAGGAACGUCAGUCUCCUCCUCCCCAGACUACAUUGAAAACUUUAACAGUAAUUUCGACGAAAUAUCCACAGCCAACCAUCCACCUACCCCGGUUGAAGAACAAGAAGUAAUGGGUAACGAAAAAAGAUCAUCACUUAAUGGAAUCAUUUCAAGUGCUUCAAAUAGCUAUUUCUUAGAUAGAAUGUCUGCAACUUGGCCUGAGGAAAAACUGUUAUCUUCUGCUGCUGCUGCUGCUUCUUCCAAUAAUAAUAAUAACAGUCCCCGUGUGAGCGUUGAGUUCUGUGAUGCGUUGAGCGAUGGUAGGUCGGCGGCUUGGGGAAUGGUGAUCGUUACUGCUGGCCUUAACGGGGAAAUUCGGGCUUAUCAGAAUUUUGGAUUGCCUGUCCGACUAUGAGAAGGGAAGAUAAGAGAAGAGAAGAAGAGGAAGAGAACUAACUUUGAUAAAGUGCAAAUUUGUUUGUUGUACAGAUUUAUACACUUCUUUGGGGAAGGUUUGUUUGUAAUAUUAGAGAGGAAAUGAAAGGAAAGAAAAAGUUGGUUGGUUGGUAGUAUUUUGAGUGAAAGUAGUAGUAUUAGAGAAAGUGGGAAUUUUAUUAUGGAAGUUUUUCUUCUUUUGUUAAUUAGUAUUAUGUGAUUCUUUCAUAUAAUUCUAUUCUCCCACCACAAUAAAGAGGGGAUUGAUUGAUUGUGGAGGGAAAAGGAAAAAAAAAAAUUGCUUUUUUUUAUAAGUACAAUUGUUGUAUUCACACAUCAAAUUAAUGUUGUAUAGAAGAUCAAUAGGCAAAUGUUGUUAUUCCUCCUUA